AUGCUGUGGAGCAUUGUCUCCAGUGUCCAGUGCUACAAACUUGGACGUUCCAACGCCAGCUUCGACUCCCCAGCUCUGAUCGCCCUGCCGCUACCACAAGUCCGUUGCCAGCCCCGCCCCUUCGACGGCAACUCCGGCUCCGACUCCUGCGAGGACUCCAGUGCCAGAGCGAAGACUGGCUACGACUCCCCACUCGCCCAGAAGCGCCUCGUGAAGGAGCGGCAGAACCUCAUGCAGGAGAGGCAGGAGCUGGAGGACUGCGGCAUCCACGUGCACUGGGGCGAGGAGCUGAACAAGGCGCUGGCCCUCAUUAUAGGCCCCACCGGCACGCCGUACCAGCGGGGCUUUUAUUUCUUUGACAUCAAAAUGCCGGACAACUACCCGUUCGUGCCGCCGAAGGUGGAUUUCAAGACCGGCGACGGCAGGGUGCGCUUCAAUCCGAACCUUUACGUGGAGGGCAAGGUGUGCCUGUCCAUCCUCGGCACGUGGUCGGGGCCCUCGUGGACGACGUCUUGCUCUCUGCGAACGGUCCUUGUUUCCAUACAGUCGCUGCUGAACGAGCACCCGAUCCAG